AGAGACGGCAAUAUGGCGAGAAUGCCUGGCAGCGGGGACUGUAACACCAGCGCGGGCGCCAGCGCCGGCGCCGCCGCCGCCGCCGCCGCCGAGAACAAUGGGGAGCGGGGCGAGGGCGAGCGCGGCGUGGGGGGCCGCGGACGGCGCCACGGCCGCCCGCACUACUGCAGCGCGGGCGAGGAGGAGGAGGAGGACGAGGAGGAGGAGGAGGACGAGAUCCAGGAGGUGCGGAUAACGGGGGACGAGGAGGAGGAGGAGGACGAGGAGGAGGAGGACGGAGGUGGGGGGCUGGAGGAGGAGGAGGAGGAGGAAGAGGAGGAGAUGGGGCUCGACUGGGAAGAGCCCCUGGAGCCCGAGGACUCGGCCGGGGAGGAGCUGGAGCCCGAGCCGGUCCAUAUGAUCGAUAUGGACCAGGGCGCCGCGCUGGAGCCCGAGGCGCCCCCGAGGCUGCUGGCGCCCCGGGCGCGCGGCGGGCCGCCGGGGGACAGCGUGGACCCCCUGGACCCCGACGUGCUGCAGCGCCCCGAGCGGGCCCGGCUGAGCGAGAACACCCGGCUGGCCACCCGCUACGCCGUGCGCAUCUUCCGGGAGUACCUGAGCGAGAAAGCGCAGAGCCCGGACUUCGAGACCAUGGACAAGGGGGCGCUGUGCCGCGUGCUGCGCUCCUUCUACGCCGAGGCCCGCUCCAAGAGCGGCCAGCUCUACAGCAAGUCCUCGCUCAUCAGCAUCCGCAGCUCCCUCAACCGCUACCUCAACGAGCCCCCGUACUGCCGCACGCUCGACCUCACCAAGGACCCCGAGCUGCGCAGCGCCAACCUGACGCUGGCCGCCGUCAUCCGCAAGCUGGAGGAGCAGGGCGCGGGGCCGGUGGUCCAGAAACAAGCCAUCACGCGCGCCGACCUGCGCAAGCUCUACACCUCCAGCGUCUUCAGCACCAACACGCCCUUCGGGCUGCUCAACAAGGUCUGGUUCGAGACCUGCAUGUACUUCUGCACGCGCGGCCGCGAGAACCAGCGCGAGCUGGAGGAGGACUCUUUCGGGCUGGCCAUGGACGAGGACGGGCGCAAGUUCGUCUACUUCAAAUCCCUCGGGCCCUACCACAAGUCGCGCUCGUCGUCCUGGAGCAAGAAGCGCGCCGAGAGCAGCGACGAGGAGAACUUGCCCCGCAUGUACGAGACGGGCACCGAGUUCUGUCCAUACGCCAGCUUCGUCAAGUACCUGUCCAAGCGCAAUCCCCUCUGUAAGGCGUUCUUCCAGCGGCCCCGGGACCACUGCAGCGAGGGCGAUGUGACCUGGUACGAAAACAAAGCCAUCGGCAAGAACUUGUUGGGUACCAGGAUGCAGAUGCUCUCCAAGGCGGCCAAGCUAUCCAAGACUUACACCAACCACUGCAUCGGCGCCGUCUCCAUCGCCACGCUCAACAGCAUCGCGGGCAUCGGUACCAAGCUGGGCUCGCCGGCCCCGCACGGCUGCUACCCCGAGGCUCUGAACGGGGCGACCCGCCACCACUCCCAUCAUCCCCCCACGCAUCCCUCCCACCACCACCGCCCCCAGCCGCCCUCGCUGGGGAACACUUACGCCCUCCCCAAAGACAGCCAGGUGGGGCCCGACGUGAAACCCGAGGCUGGGCCCAAGCGCGCUCUGUACGAGUCCGUGUUUGGGUCUGGGGAAAUCUGCGGCCCUUCUUCCCCCAAAAGACUUUGUAUCCGCCCCUCGGAGCCUGUGGAUGCGGUGGUGGUGGUUUCCGUGAAACACGACCCCCUGCCUCUUCUUCCAGAAGCCAAUGGGCACCGAAGCACCAAUUCUCCCACAGUAGUUUCACCUGCCAUUGUUUCCCCCACCCAGGACAGUCGACCCAAUAUGUCAAGACCUCUGAUCACUAGAUCCCCUGCAUCUCCACUGAACAACCAAGGCAUCCCUACGCCAGCACAGCUCACCAAGUCCAACGCGCCCGUCCACAUUGAUGUGGGAGGCCACAUGUAUACCAGCAGCCUGGCUACCCUCACCAAAUACCCCGAAUCAAGAAUCGGAAGACUUUUUGAUGGUACAGAGCCCAUUGUUUUGGACAGUCUCAAACAGCACUAUUUCAUUGACAGAGAUGGACAGAUGUUCAGAUAUAUCUUGAAUUUCCUACGAACAUCCAAACUCCUCAUUCCUGAUGAUUUCAAGGACUAUACGUUGUUAUAUGAAGAGGCAAAAUAUUUUCAGCUACAGCCCAUGCUUUUGGAGCUGGAACGAUGGAAGCAAGACAGAGAAACUGGCCGUUUUUCACGGCCCUGUGAGUGCCUCGUGGUACGGGUGGCCCCAGACCUCGGAGAGAGGAUCACCCUCAGCGGCGACAAGUCCUUGAUAGAAGAAGUGUUUCCAGAGAUCGGCGACGUAAUGUGUAACUCCGUCAAUGCAGGCUGGAAUCACGACUCAACGCACGUCAUCAGGUUUCCCCUAAAUGGCUACUGUCACCUUAACUCAGUCCAGGUCCUUGAGAGGUUGCAGCAAAGAGGAUUUGAAAUUGUGGGCUCCUGUGGGGGUGGAGUGGACUCGUCUCAGUUCAGUGAAUAUGUCCUCCGGAGGGAGCUGAGGCGGACAGCCCGUGUACCUUCUGUCAUCCGAAUAAAACAAGAGCCUCUGGACUAAACAGACAUGUUUCUUAUGCAAAAACAAACAAACAAGGAGGAAAACAUACAUGACCACACAAUCAGAAGUGGGACAUUUAUGUGCAGUUGGGACAGCAAAUCAAGUUCUGGACCUAAAAUUGAAUAAAAGACACAUUUAUAUCAAAUAGA